AUGCAGUUUGGUGGCUGUGACUUGAAUCCAGUGAGAGGAGCAGAGGGACCAUCUGAGGAGAGGGAUGGCAAAACGUCUGAUCCUAGUCGUCGCUGUCGAGCGUCCAGGGAGCGGCAGCAUGUCCACUGUGACUCCUGCUACAGCCGGCGCUGCAGGGCUCAGGUGGAGGUCUCUGUGUGCUGUGCCCUCAUCCCCUGCCGCCUGCACUGUGGAGCUCUGUUCCACCUGUGCAAAGAGGAGGAUCACCUGCUGCUCUGCCCUAAGGUGAGGGUGCCGUGCCUCAACUCCGGGUUCGGCUGCCCGGUCCAGCUGCCCCGCUCCUCGCAGGCCGCUCACCUCCAGGUGUGUCCGGCCAGCGUGGUGUGCUGCUCCAUGGAGUGGCUCCGUUGGCCGACCGACGACACAAACCCACACAGCAACACAACCCUGCAGGAGAAUGUGCUGAAGGACAACGAGGGGCCGGGGGAGGCUCUGGAUGUGGCCGUGGCCUUGGCUGAUCAGUCAGAGCUCUAUACCCGCCUGAAAAUGAAGCCCCUGUAUCCGGAGCAGAUGGAGGAAGAAGAGGAGGAGGAAGUAAGGGAGGAGAAGAAAGAGGAGACGGCGAUGGGAGAGUUUGUCAAUGGUGUCAACAGUGAUGCCAAUAAAGCAGAAAACAGUUCUUGCGAGAUCAGUGUUCCGGAGACUGUAGAGAACGGUGCCGGGCUCGUCCUCAGCAAAGAGAGACACAACCUGUGUGAUAUGAUGUUCAGCAUGGAGAGAGGCGGCUGUGCUGUCGCGCAGGCAAACCUGGGUAAUCCCGAGCAAAGCCCAAGACCUGCUGAGAGGGGUCAGGCCCAGAGUGCGGGAGAUCUAAAGGAGGCUGAGACUCAGAACAGCGGGGUGACGGGGUUGGCCCCGUGGACGGAGGGGGUGAUGGAGCGUCUGGGGAAGGAGCUCACGCCGGCGGAGUACAGCAUGUACGUGGUGCAUCACGGACGCAUGCUGCUCAACUUCGGACAAAUCCAGGCCUGCACGCCGAGGGAGAAAGAUUUUGUCUAUGGGAGCCUGGAGCCUAUUCCUGUCCAGACGCUACACUCCUUCAAGGUCCCUGAAAGCUAUCACUACAGGAGUCGGGUUCAUAAGUACGAGACGGUAGCGAGGGCUCCGUGUGAGCAGCGCGGCGUGGACACGUCAGACCUCGGCGUUAACGAAGAGGACUGGUUCAGUGACGAAGACGCACACACCCUGCUGGGAUACGCUGAGAAGGAGGUCAUGGGUCACAAGAUCAGCGAGUCCAAGGCAAUCGACUGCCUCUACAUCGACGUGGGAACGCAGACGCACUCGUUUCGCUCGGCACCGUUCAAACGGAGGACGACCCUGGCGGAGGUGAUGGUGGACCGGCCGCUGAGGCUUCGUCUGCAGCUGCAGGCGGAGAGCGUGAACAGCAGACACAGCAGAGCCAGCUGCGUCUUCGCCUUCCUCUGCGGUCACACCUUCCACCGAAGAGAGUUCGCCGCACAUGUCAGGAACGUCCACAGUGACAUCCAGACAUGUCUGAGUGGAUGGUUCGAGCAGAGGUGCCCACUCGCGUAUCUGGGCUGCACCUACAGCCAGAGGAGGUUUCAGCCGUCCACGCAAAAGGCCACCGUCACCUAUAAUCAGCAGCUGAGGAGCUUCAACUUGCGACCGACCCUCGUAGAUGGAGGAGGAGGGGAGUCCUCUCUGAGCUCGCUGCCCUACGAGGUGCUGUGCCAUGUGACCAGUUUCCUGGACAGUCUGUCCCUGUCCCAGCUGGCUCUGGUGUCCCGGCUCAUGAGGCAGGUGUGCUCCUCUCUGCUGCAGGACCGAGGGAUGGUCACCCUCCGCUGGGAGAGGACCUCGGACUCACUUGGAGGAGCCAGGUGGAGGGCCAAACCUGUCUGGGAGUUCAGCCGACUCUUCUCCUCGGUGGACUCGUGGCACAUGUCCGACAUCCCUCCUAUGUCUGCUCAUCUAAAGGUCUGUCCGCACUAUGAGACCUGUGAGCACAGCGAGCCUGUUCCCCUCCCCAGCAUGAGCGACAAAAAGACGUGCAGCCAAGAAGAGAGAAUGAGUCUCGUCAACCUCUUCACAGGAAACAGAUGCAUCAAGGACGGAGACUCCAGGGCGAUACGAGGAUCCAUGAGAGGCGCUUCGAGCAGCACACCGCUUCAGUAUCACGGUAGGCCACAGUGA